CCUCUAUGAUGUGCAAUGUAAUAACUGCCUUACUUCACUUACGAUAUAGCUGGAAUAGCCAAUCACAUCAACCUCGUGAUAGUUCUAGAACACCUGCCCCUUUGGACCAGUCCGGCGGGACAUUCUUGGCAUCGAGUUUACCCACCGCGCUGGUAUCUUCUAUCUGGGCAGGCAGCGAUAAUACAGUGUACAUAUAAUCCCAAUCGAGAAGUUGCUUUCGCGAGAAUCCACGGUGACGCAACCUCAAUCGGCAUCGAUCGAUCGAGCCUGAUCGAAUGUUAAAUAUUAGGUAGAAGUAGGUAGAGGUAGAAGCCAAUCUUGAUUUAGGUCUUGUGCAGGUCCGAACUUACAAACUUACGCUUACGCAAACGUCUACUUGAGACCGAUAGGAGUCACCUGCUGUGGUAAAGUUGAACCUGAACCUGAACCUGCGGUAAUACUUGAAGUAGAAAAAUCUAGAAACAGCAGCAGCGAAAUUUCAGUAUCGACAAACUCGCCCUUAAAAUUAAUUCACUUAACAGCAUUGAUGGGAAUCAGACAAUUUAUCCGACGACGAAGUAUCCUGUCGAUACUUCUACUCACCAUCACGUUCGCGGUAUCGUGGUACACGGUCAAUCCCAGCACAUCGACCCUAGUCGCCGACACCAACAACAACAACCACAACAGCAAAAACAAGAAGAUGGCAGACUCGGCCGACGACGUCAUCUCGAAGCUAAAGGUGUCAGUGCGCCAAGUCAGCGGCGAGCCGGCGAAACUGGCGAUUUCCGUCACCAACGCACACUCUGGCGCGGUAACGAUCUUGUCGUGGAACUCUCCGCUGGACCCGCUGGCCCUGCAGCUGGGUGUCGUGUCCUUCGCGGUACCCGCCGGUAGCGAAGACGACAGCAGCAGCCCCAUCCAGAUCCCGACGAUCCAGAUUAGGCGCAGGAUGCCCCCCGGGCCGGAAUCGCUCGUUACGAUCGGGGCGGGUCAGACGAGCGAGCAGGAGGUCGAGGUCAAGGGGCCGCUGCUGGAGACGCUACGUGGCAGAAGAGUGGCCGCCCGCUGCAGCGGAGAGUGGACUAGUGUCUGGCUGUCAGAGGCCGACGCCAUUACUAAGGUUUCCUUGGACAAUGCUGGCGCCAGUGAGGAUGCGCUCCGAGGAAGUUUCCAGAGCGAGGUUGUUGAGAUUGUGCUGUGAAGGGGAAACUUGGUCUUGUGAUCAUCCGUUGCUUUUUCGUUACUGUUUACCUGAAAUUCUUAAAAUCCUAAAAUCCCUAUUGACUUGGCUUGGUGGUGAAGUUGUGUAUUUCGUAAAUGGCAGAUGAUGGACGGGACCUGAAUACGUGUUAUUCGGAAUGAAUUACCUGGUUGAAUAAAUACCCAAAGGAUAGUGUAAAAUAUUUCUUGUUUAGAGGUUCGAUGUUGGUUACGUGUAAGUGGAAGUGGAAGUGGGAGUAGUUGGGUAUUAAAGCGUUGAAUUGAG